UAAAUUUACUUAUUCUUUCUGCACAUUUAACUCCAUGUUCCGUUAGACCAUCCCUCUGUACAUGUGUCCUCCUUAACACUUAUUCCGCCUCACCUUUCUCUACUAUUCACUUAAUAUUCCGGAACCGUGUAGUCCCCACCUGUCCUUUAUUCUUCAUCUCGCUAUCCUGUCUCACAUUCUGGAUCCCCGCCACCUGCAAAUUUAGUUUAACCCCCCCCCCCCCAAGAAGCACUAGCAAACUUCCCUGCAAGAAUGUUAGUACCGCUCCAGUUCAGGUGUAAACCUUCCCUUCGGAACUGAUCCCGCCUUCCCUGGAACAAAGCCCAAUUAUCAUAAAAACCUGAAGCCCUCCCUCCUGCACCAUCCUUUCAGUAACGUAUUCAUCUGUAUAAUCCUUCUGUUCCUUGCCUCACUCGCACGUGGCACAGGUAGCAAUCCUGAGAUUGUUACCCUGGAGGCCAUGCUCUUCAGCUUCGCACCUAACUCCCGGAACUCCCUACGCAGUUGUAUUAGUUAUAUUAAUCAUUGUUACUUCAAUAAUAAAUGCAGUUUGGAAUGAAAUUACUUCUUGCUGUUAACUCAAGCGGACGCAGCCGUUCUGUGAACUAUUUGAAAUGAUACUUGCUCUGGGAUAAUCCAAUGUGCAUGUGGGGGUGUCUGCUGAGUUGGAGCCGUACCGAUUCUCAAGAUUGUCUCAUUUGUUCAUAUAUUGAUCAUGAAAUUAAUUUGAAUUUUUACCUCUGCUUUUUUUUAAUGGUUCAGGCAGCCAUUUUGUGAAGUGUUUGAAAUCAGAGUUCCAGAGCAUGCGCAGUUUGCGGACACAGAUGCGAAGGGACCGAAACAAGUCGCUAAAUGGUUUUAAAAACCCCAGGCAAGUGCUGCCUCGACAUGUCAUUCCGAGAGAUCACCUGUGGCACAGACGGAUUACUGGGCAGAUACAAUGUCCUCAAUUGUCCAUAGGUACCUGAGUGUGCAGAAAAUACUGUUCGUGUUGAUUGCCGUCAUUGGAGUUCCUGUGAAUUUAUUGGCGAUUGUGAUCCUGUCCCGGGGAAAGUGCGGCCUCUCCACCUGCACCACUCGCUACCUGGUGGCCAUGGCAGCGGCCGAUCUACUGUCCGUUUUUACCGAGAUCAUUUUUUUAAAAUCAGUUGGUAUUACCCUUCCGGUGGAGUUUUCUGGACAUCACCCCUGUGUGCAGAGUUAUCGCGUAUUGAGGUUCACAGCCACACAAUGUUCUGUCUGGUUCACCGUCACUUUCACUGUUGAUCGUUUUGUCGCCAUUUGCUGCCAGAAGCUGAAAACGAAAUAUUGCACCGGGAAAACUGCGGCUGUGGUUCUGACAACAACCGGCGUACUGACCUGUCUAAGAAACGUUCCCCGAUACUUCACACGGGAACCCAAGGUGAUCAUCGACAAUGUACCGUGGUUCUGUAUGAUCAAGGACAAUGUUUUCACUGACCCCGGGUGGGUAGUAUAUAAUUGGCUCGAUACGGUUUUAACUCCGUUCCUCCCUUUCGUUAUGAUCCUGCUGCUCAACGCUCUGACAGUCAGACACAUUUUAGUGGGCAGUCGGGUCCGUAAGGGGCUGAAGGGUCAGAGCAAAGGGGAGAACCGCAGUGACCCGGAGAUGGAGAACAGGAGGAGGUCUGUGGUUUUACUCUUCACCCUCUCCGGCAGCUUUAUCCUCCUGUGGAUGACACUGGUUGUAAAUUUCAUGUAUUAUUAUGUCUCAGGAAAAGGAUACAAUUUCAAUGACUCUGAAUGGAUCUUUACCUACGCCGGUGUUUUGCUGAGGAAUUUCAGCUGCUGCACGAACACAUUUAUUUACGCGGUAACUCAGUCAAAAUUUAGGGCACAGGUGAUCAGCGCGUUGAAAUAUCCGGUCACCUCGGUGCUUCAGUUCCUCAAUAAAGCGGCGUCCUGAUUACAAGCCGGAGGCGGCCGCAGUGUUUCCAGUCCGCGUCCAGCCCCUCACGUUCACCACCUGAUUUCCCAGAUGUUAUUCCCAGGCCGAUUAUCCCAUCGUCCGGCAGCUAUGGGAUAUCAGCAUAGUUUGUGUAUGGGGUGGGGCAAAGCACCGUCCGGGAGGGUCAGUAUCUCAUUGGAUCGGGAAGAUGUCAAUCGAAGAACUGCUCCGGAAGGUACAAACCCAUUGGUCAGUGGAUAUUUGGAUCUAUUUCCAUUCCCUUGGACCAUCCUCGCAGUCCGACGUUCCACCAUGUCGGCUGCGUAUAGUACGAUGCUAUAGGCUAUUCCAAUAUUAUCACAGCAGUCUCCGCAGUCCCUUGAACGAUUGGCUAACGUGAAGGAAUAGGGCGGGAUUUGGACAAACGACGGUCGACAUUCCCACUUCAAGGCGCUGAUGCCGCCACCAUCUGGACUGGAGUGUGGUGCGGAGAAUUGGGAAAUAAAACCCUGGCCGCUUCUAUUGUUUUUCCGUUCGAAACGUAAUUUACCCCAGAGAUCGUACGGAAUGAAACACAAUAUUAUGAACUAAAUUAAAGUCACUCCCAUUACGUCAGAGAGCUUUUAAAUAAAGUCUAACAACCCCCGA